AAAUAAUCAUUUUUUAAAAAGCUGCUUCCCACGGCGUUUGCCCAUUUCUUCGGUGUAAACACGCCCUUCAUGGCCAACAUCAAGAUGUCAUGUGAAUGCACUGUGUGCCCAGCAUGGACACAGUCAUCUUUCACAGUCAACUUAUAAACAUGAGCUGGGCCCCAUUUCAUGGCAUCCUGUGUACUUCUCAACUUUGCUGGGUCACCGCUCAGCAGAAGCAGCGCCAUACCACCCAUAGUCAUCAGCCUGGCAUGUCUUGAGUUCUUCAUCCAAAGGAUCUGGGCACAAGUGGGUGGUCCUCCUGUGCUGUGCUCCUCUCUGUCUGCCUGGCCAACCCCAGUGGUUCCUCAAGAACAAUGUGUGACUCUUCAGUGUCACUCUCAUUGCAGGUUUGGCAUGUUCAGACUGUACAAGGUCACUGGUGCCCUCAUUCAACUCCACAGCAUAAUGUUGCAGGACAGCUUCCUCACUGGCCCUGUAACCCCAGCACAUGCAGGAACUUACAGAUGUCGUGGAUCCUACCUUGGCUCCUCCUCUGUGUGGUCACCACCCAGUGACCCCCUGUUGAUUGUGGUCACAGGAGUCUACAGAAAACCUUCCCUCUCAGCUCAGCCAGGUCCCCUGGUGAAAUCAGAAGGGAACAUGACCUUGCACUGUCGCUCAGAGAUCCAGUUUGAAAGCUUCGUUCUUCACAGUGAGGAGCUAUCCAAGGCCCCUUGGCACCUUCCUGGGCAGCCCCAUCGUGAGGGUUCCCAUGCUAACUUCAUCAUGGGUCCUGUGACAGCUGCCCAUGCAGGGACCUACAGGUGCUUCGGUUUUCUGAAUCACUCCUUCUAUGAGUGGUCUACCCCCAGCGACCUCCUGGACAUCAUGAUCACAGGUGAGAAUGUCCUGCUCCCAUCCUCUUUGGGAUACAGACAGGGUGUUCUAAGACUUGGAAGCCCCGGGUGGUGAUGAGGGACACGCACAUGGGUUUUUAUGCAGAGAGAUAGCCUUGGCAAGAGCUACACCUAGAGAGACAAUGACAGAAGGGUGACAGUACAAACCAUUAGUUAUAACAUAAAGGACAGAUAAGGGGCAGAAAUAGGGAGUCAGCAGUGGAGACAAAGAGUGAAGGAAGGGACACAGAUGGGUACAUUCACAUCAGAGACAGGUGCCCUUCCACUCUGACUUUGUUCAGAAACCUGGGACAGUUUAGAACGUGGUUUCCAGUUAAUCUCCACACCCUCUUCUCUACCAGGAGAACCUAAAGACACACCACGUAUAUGACCAAGUUUUGAGGCCAGGUUGGCCUUUCUCAGGCUGAUUCCCCAUGGGCCCUGGGUCCUCUCCUCAUGUGGCACCCACAGGUGUGGUAUUCCCUCCUACAUGACUUCAUCCCAUGUAGUUGAACCACAAUGUGACCCUGGAUACUAUGGUCCCAGGUGGAGGAGACAGUCACUAGCUCCUAUAUGUGGUAUGUUUUAUGGGUUCCCAAAGCUGUUUCUUGGGCCAAUGUUCAAGGUUGCUCGAGAUGCUACAGGAUUACUGAGGUCAAAGCCCACAGAAAGAUGCAAUCAGAGAGAAAGCAGAGUCAAUGUACAUCAAUGGCCAUAUAAAGUCUUUCAUGUAAAGAGACACAGAAAUACAAUGUGUACAUGUGCACACACACACACACACAGACAGAAUGGAGGGGAGACAGAGAGAGACAGACAGAUUGAUAGACAGACACUGGUUCAGUGACACAUAAAACAGAAGAAAGAAAAAGGGAUAGAGAAGUAGACAUAAAGAUGGAGGGGACAGAUAAAAGCCCUAAAAGACAGAGACCUGAGCGGGAGCACAAAGAGAAAGACGAUAAUGUGGGGUAGAUAACAGAGAUCCCAAAAGAGAACUAGGGAUAUAGAAGCAGAGAAAGUCACCAAGACGGUGGUAAUAGAGACAGGUAGAUAGAUGAUAGAUAGAUAGAUAGAUAGAUAGAUAAUGCAGAAAGAGACAAGAUGAAAUAAGAGACUCAUGAAAGAAAAAGACAGAUCAAACCGACAGAUCCCACAGAGGCAGAGAGAGUAAACCAACACAAAAAGGGGAAAGAUGGAGGAAGGCAAGAACAGAAAAUAGAGAGGUGGACACGAGGGGACAAAGUGGACAUUAGGCUCUGGGAACAGGGAAAGAGAAUUCUCAGUCCAGGUGUGAAGUACACUGUGAGCAAGGGAAAGCCUCUCUAACUGAACUGCCUCCGUUUCCUCCACGUCUACAUAAGAAACUUUCUCUCUGGGCCCAGCUGGGUGCCGUGCUGAGUU